AUGGAGGAUGAAGAAGACAAUGUAGUAAACGAAUCAACGGAGUUCACAAUGUCUUACUGCAGCCCAGUAAUGCACAGGGGGCUGUGGUACUGCCUUGGGAAAGAAAGAAGUUUAGGAGUAUAUGAUCCCAAGAGAAUCAGUUGGCGUGUUCUUCGCAAACCCUCCAGCUUUGGUCCUGAGUUCCGACACCAGAACUGCUACCUGGUUGAUUCCAAUCAGGAGCUGCUUGCAGUCUUGACGGGCAGGAAUGGCACACCCAUCCAUGUGCUGAAGCUCAAUGAGAAGGAGAUGACCUGGGAAAGGAUGGACUCACUGGGUAGCAGAGCAAUCUUCACGGGAACACUGGCAUCACUAUCAAUGGUAAAGCCUCCAAAAGCCAUGGCAAACAAGGUCUACCUUCCCAAGUUUUAUGGGCGCCCUCAGAUAAUCCCAGCAAAGCUCACCGCCUCUGGGGGUCGCCUCUUCUUCGUGCCAGAGCAAAAGGAGAUGCAACAUCCCAGCUCUAACAAGUCAGUUCAUUCCUUCAUGAGGGAAUACGAUACCUGUGUAGGUAAGGAUGGCGCCUGGUGCUACGACCUGGAGUUGGACUCUGGGGUUGACAAGGAAAUUAGUGGCUGCAAGAAUAUGCUGCAGUACAUCUGGGUUCAUCUUGGCCUUGCUUCACCGUGA